AUGGUACCUAACGUCUCACCAUGGACUCUUUUCGGCGUCCUCGCUUUGAGUUUACUGGGCUCUGCAGCUCCGAGUCGACCGCCACGUACACCGGAGAACGUGAUGCACCGUGGAUACGUCUGGCUUUAUGAGAAUGCCCUUCGAGAUGAGUGUGGUUACAAAGGAGUUCAGUCAUACUGGGACUGGCCUGCAUACGUGAAAGAUGGACUGGAGGAUUCCACUAUUUUUGACGGCGGUCCAUACUCAUUGGGUAGCAAUGGAAGAGGAAACGACUUAUGUGUCUACAAAGGACCUUUCUCAAACUACACGGCCACCUUCCGUUACUUCUCGAAUGAUAUCAUCAUGGACAAUAUCGAGAAUAACGGCAAUGGCAGCAUCCCCAGCUGGUCCUUCGAUUAUAGCCCGAAUUGUUUCCAGCGUGCUUUGGAUGAUGACUCGCUCCGACUGAAUAAUAAUUACAGCGAUAUUGAGCAGCUCCUGUCGCAACCUACGAUUAGUGACUUUCAGAAUAUUUUGUCGACCCCGGAAGGAGAUGCACAUUACGGGCCCCAUGGUGGAGGACAUGUUGCUAUGGGCGGCGAUGGAGCGGAUCUGUUUACAAGUCCGACUGAUCCUGUGUUCUUCCUGAUACGCAUUGAGUGUCUUCUCGAUGGUGCUUACGCUGGCUUUUACGCCAACGGUAAAGCUCUUGCAGUGGCACAUUAUACAAGCAGCGCUUUGCAAACCUACGACAUCACCGAUCCAAAUGGAAAAAUAAAGCCACUUCAAACAUUUACCUACACGAUGUCCAAGGAAGGACCUGCAGGAGCACGACAGGCGGCUCCACAUAUCCAUGAAACUCGGACCGACCCUCUGGAGCAGUACGUGCUGGCUGUUGAUCUUGGAGCCGACAAAGUGCGGAUUUAUGCCAUCGACGAUGAUACGCUCUUACUUGACGAGCGAAAGGCACUCAACGCUACCCCGGGCUCUGGGCCUCGACACGGUGUUUUCACACAAGAACCAAUCCGGUUCGCUGAUGGCAAGUCGGAUUAUGUGUUCUAUCUCGGUGCUGAGAUCGCAGGAACCAUCACCGCUUACCGUGUGAAGUAUCUGCCUAACCGUGGAGGCAUCGACUUCGUACCGCUUCCCAAUGGCACUUAUUCGUCGCUAGAACCCGGCGUCCCUAAGCCAUAUACGACUGGCAAGGGAAUUACCGGUGAAUUGAGACUAAGUCCUGAUGGGAACUUCUUGAUUGUGAGCAAUCGUCGUGAUGAGCGUUUUAAUGGCACUGUGACUCAAUAUCCCCCAAGCGGGAAAUCGGAUUCGAUGUCUACGUUCAGGAUUCGAUACGACCUUCAGGGUAAACUUGAUUUUGUUCAAGCCGCUUCAGCAGGUGGUUAUGUUGCUCAGACGUAUGACCUUAACACGGCUGGCGAUCUUGCAGCUGUUGGCGUUCAGCUGGGACAGCGAAUCAGUAUUCUUGAGAGAGACCUAGGAAGCGGGUUGUUCAAGGAACAAGUGGCGUACCUUGAUCUGGAUGGUGAGAUGUGGGGUGUUCUCUGGAAUGACAAGGUGAAUAAUUAG